AUGAGCACUGAGGCAGAAACUCGCUAUAGCCCCUCGUCACUACAAAGCUACAACUUCGAAAAUGGUCGCCGCUACCACGCCUACCGCGACGGCUCCUACAUGAUGCCCAACGACGAAAAAGAGCAGGAACGUCUCGACCUCGCGCACCACAUCUUCAAAAUGCUUCUCCGGGGACACUUACAUCGCGCCCGCCUAUCGCGUGCACCGCGCCACGUCCUCGAUUUCGGUACCGGAACAGGAUCAUGGGCUAUAGACUUUGCAGAUAUACACCCAGAAAGUCAUGUCGUUGGCAUUGACCUAUCGCCGAUUCAGCCGAGUAAUAUACCGCCUAAUUGUCGCUUUUUCGUGGAUGAUGUCGAGUCGCCGUGGACGUUUGAUUCGAAAUUCGAUUUCAUACAUGCGCGAGCGAUGGCGGGAUCGAUUAAGGAUUGGGACACACUGUUGCAGCAAGCGCUAGAGAAUUUGAAUGAGGAUGGCGUUAUUGAGUUUCAGGAAUAUGAGGCAGUGUAUAAGUCGGAUGAUGGGACGUUAGAGAGGACGGAGGCGAUUCGGACGUGGCAGCGGCAGUUGAAUGAAGCUAGUGAGAGGGUCGGGCAACCAAUGAACUUGGCAGAAACGCUCAAAUCGCGACUGGAAGCAUGCGGAUUUGUUGAUGUACGAGACGAUGCAUACAAACUCCCCGUCGGCCCCUGGCCGAAAGACCGCCGCCUAAAAGAACUAGGCUACAUGAUGCUCUUCCACUGCUUCGAAGCACUUGAAGCAUUCACACUGGCCCCCUUCACGCGCGUGCUCGGCUGGACCAGCGACGAAAUGCGUCAAUUAAUGGAAGGAGUCAAGGCGGAGUUGUCCUCUGCUCAUAAUCAUUUGUAUGUGAUGAUUCAUUUUGUGCAUGGGCGGAAACCGGCGAAAUCUUCAUAG